AUGGCCGGGGAUUCUCCGCACCCCUCCGGCCCGCGCCCGUAGCUCACAGCGCUCGCCUGCCUGCUGCUGAGUUGUCACGCGCUGCGGGGACAGGCACUUUUGCAUGGGAUCGAGCCUCAGCGGGCGCUCCUCCUGCCUGCCUGGGGAGCACUUGAGGACAGCGGCCCCGUGGGUCCCAGCGUCCUGAUCGCCAACCCCGGACUCCGGGUGCCACUGGGCCGCUCGCUCUGGCUCGAUCCGCUCCGGGACCUGGUGAUUGGCGUGCAGCCCGGAGACCGAUGGGAGGUGACGGUGCUGGACGUCCAGCCCUUGCACCAUGGCGCGCUUUCCCCGCGCCGCCUGCCCUGCACUUUCAGGGCCCGCCAGGUCCACCACACCCACGUCGGCUCGCUCACCCCCAGGCGCACCCGGGUGCUGCUCCAGCUGCGCCAGGAAGCCCCGACCUACACGCGGGUGCUGCCCUUCGCCCUGGUGGUGGAGGUGGGCUUCUCCCGGCUGGAGCUGGUGACGCGCAGCAGGCCCUUGACGGUGUUAGAACUGCGGGGAUGGAGCCAGGCCGUGGACCGGAGCGUGCUGGGCUUCCCUUCCCCGGAGUCCGGGGUCCCCACCACCCGCAAGUGCCUGCUCACCCCACUUCCUCUGGAGGGCGCCCCCCUGCCCUAGUAUGGACUCCUGGUGGACGCCUUGGGGGCCCAGCUCCCCAGGGCCAAGCCGGUGCCCUGUGAGGCUUUUAUCCGGGCUGGCAUGUGGUACCUGCACACCGCCACCACCUCCUCUCCCGACAGAGGCUGUGUGCCCAUGUUGGUGGAGCAGCUAGGGCCACUGAGAAGAGAUACUGGGUCAGUAGAGGUGCUGGCCCGUGAACACUUCCGGCUGCUAGUGAGGAUCCAGGAGGGAGCCCCGAACACGGUGCCCAGGCCCGACCUCGCUGUGCUGAUGACGUUAGCGGUCGAUCAGUUGGUGCUACCGGCCCUGACCCCUGAUGCACUGGCAGCGGAGGACGACAAGUCGGACCCUGAUGAGCUGGUGUUCAGCAUUCUUAAUGUCACCGCAGCCCCACCAGGACACCGGGGGCAGCAGGGCUAUGUGGUCAGCACCGAUGAUCCCCUGGGCCUUCCAUUCUCCUUCUUCACCCAAAAAGAGCUGCGGGAGCUCAGAAUUGCUUGUAGGCCACCCACAGGGAGCUUCCUGGGGGAACGCAUCUUCCAGCUGGAGCUGGAAGUGAUGGGCGACAAUGGGGCCGCCUCAGACCCUUUUGACUUCAUGGUGGUAGUGAAGCCCACCAAUGCCCUGGCUCUGGUGGCCAGUUAUAACAUGGGACUACUGCUUUUCGAAGGUCAUUUCAGCAGUGACAAAGAAAAUCUGGAGGAGGUGAAAAUGGCUGGAGUCAGGAGCUUGAGACAUGGGCAGCUGGUGGUUCUUGGGGCACCUACUGGGUGCAAGUAUUUCACACUCAGGGACCUGGCAGCAGAGCAAGUGGUAUACUAUCAUGAUGGGAGUGACACCUACAGUGACAACAUCAUCUUUCAGAUGGAGGAUGGGCACCACCAUGUGGAGUACCUCCUCUCCUUCACCAUCAUACCUGUGGAUGAUGAACCUCCAGUAGUCAGUGUCAACACAAGACUCUCACUGACCCAAGGGCAGGUGGCCCAGAUCUCCCCCUUUGUCCUGAGUGCUACAGAUAUGGAUUCUGAGGACUAAGCCAUCCACUUUGUGCUAGAGGAUCAAUCCCUAGAGGGAAAUAAGGGAGAGUGAGAUCUGACCUCUGGGUCCUGCCACUCAAGCCAGCACCUGGGGGACAUGCUGCUGUGGCAGGUUGAACCACCUCUGUCCCCUCUAAAUAGUGCCUAGCAUUAUGUGGAAAAGGAAGGAUUGUAUGAGAUGGUAGUGACUGAGUGGCUGUGGAGAGACAUCAUGGAAGGAAGACUCUUCUACCACCAUCUUGGCCCACAUAGCCCUCAAUCUCUAAUGGCCUACCUGGCCUUCCAUGUGGAGGAUGACCAUGACUCACCCAAUCUAUCCAACUAGCACUUCUUCACCAUCAAGAUCCAGCCAGUGGAUAUGCUGAGUCCAGAGCUGUAUCCAGGAACUACUCUACAAAUGACUGUGCGAAAACAUCAGCUCACUCACUCCCAGAAGAAAUUUCUCCAAUAUGUUGACCAGGUCUCAGAUGACCUGAACCUGUGGUACACCUUACUGACACCCCCAACUGACACAGAUAGCAACCACCAAGUCCAGGCAGAAGAAACUGUCCUCACUGAUUCACCAGACAGACUCAUCAUGCAUUUCACCGAGGCCCAAGUAAAUCACCACAAGAUUGCUUACCAGCCCACACACAAGAAACCGGGUAUUAUAUCUCAGGUUGUACAGUUCACCUACCAGGUGGAGGACACUGCAGACAAUAGUGUGCCAGGCACAUUCACAAUAUUCUUGCAGCCUGUGGACAACCAGCCUCCAGAAGUCACCAACAAAGGUUUUACCAUCUCAGAGGGAGAUAAGUUUAUCCUCAGCAGCAAUGAGCUAGAUGUUAUAGACCCUGACACAGACAUUGACCAAAUUGUCUUCAUAUUAAUGGGGUCCCAACAUGGUCACUUACAAUACUUUAAAAAAUAUAUGGUUCCAGGAGAAUCUUUCACAUGAGCGGAUAUUAUUAAUGGGAGUGUCUCUUACCAGCACAGCAAAGACUGGGCUACCAGUGACAUCUUCCAUCUGGAGGUAAGUGACUGGAUGCAUCAUAUUCCCAUCACUGUCAUUAUUUCUGUGCAUCCCACUAUGGUUGACAAAAGUCCCAGGAUCUCUACCACAGAUAGUUCAUCACUGAAUAUUUCCAUAGGUACACUAGAGAAUAGAGCCACUGAAAUCACCACAGAUGUUACUCAUGGUAGAAAGGACAUAAAUGACUUGGUGCUGUCUUUCAUUGUGGAAGAGAGCCGCAAACUGAGCACUAUUCUAGUGAAUGGUUUGCCCACAGAAUGAUUCACCCAAGAAGAUGUCGUCAGUGGGGCAGUAACCUAUGUCCACACUGGAGGUGAAGUUGGUUUCCAAAAGCAACAUGGUGCUUUCAGCCUCAUCUUCUCUGAGGAUUCUUAUCACUGGGCAGCAGGAGACAGCAAAAUGAAGAAGGUUCAGGUACAAAUGACUGUGCUGCCAGUGGACAACACCACCCCCAAGGUCUUAGUGGGGGAGUCCUUCAUUGUCUACGAAGGUGAGAAGAGCCCCUUGACCUAACACCUCAACACUGAAGAUGCAGACACUCCUAAAGAUGAAAUCCUAUGCACAGUGACUGGGCAGCCAGCCUCUGGCUACCUGGAGAACAUUGCACCAGCUCCUGGUUCAGAAGUGCUGUGGGCUGGUAAAGCAAUCAGUGCCUUCUACAUCAAGGAUAUCCGAGAGGGACAUAUCACUUAUGUACAGAGUCUCCACAAGGUAGAACCACAAGCAGAUCAAUUCACAUUCCACUGCUCUGAUGGCAUCAAUUUCUCCCCGAAUGUCUUCCUCCCUAUCAUCAUCAUACCCACCAACCAUGAGCAGCCUGAGCUUUUUGCCCAUGAGUUUCUGGUAUCAGAAGGGAUGAGCCUGGUCAUAGAUACCCCAUUGCUCAAUGGAGCAGAUGCUUACCUGCCACCAAAUAAGCUUCACUUUCAACUCACAGCUCUCCCUCGCCAUGGGUGAAUCAUACAGCAGCUGGCCACAGGUAACCAGCUCGUCUGCUGCUUUACCUUACAGGAGAUCCAGGAGGCAUCCACCAUUGUGUAAGAGCAUGAUGACUCAGAGACCACCCAGGACAGUUUUGAGGUCUGGCGGAGUGACAGCAAGCACACUGCCCACUCAAAGGUACCCAUUGUGGUGAUCCCAGUGAAUGAUCAAACCCCACAGCUGACCACUAACAGUGGGGUGGAAACAGAGACUGGACACUCUAAAGUCAUCACAAACCAGGUCCUCAAGGCUACAGAUCUCAACUCAAAUGAGAAGAGCCUCCUUUUUGUCCUCCACUCUGGGCCUCAACAAGGGCUUCUUCAGAGGCUGAGAAAACCUGGAGGAGAAGUGAGGAACAAACUCACUUUGGGAAUGAAUUUUACCUAGGAUGAAAUUGACAGAGGCCUCACCCAUUAUACUCAGUCAGACCAAGGAGUUGUUGCUCUUAUCAAGUUUGAUGUAACUGAUGGGGUCAAUUCUAUGACAGACCAAUACUUCUAUGUCACUAUUGGCAGCUUAAAUGGGAUCUUUCCUAGAGUAGUCAGCAAAAGGAUCACCUUGAUGGAAGGGGACAGAGUGACCCUCAUCACUGAACUGCUUAACACAAGUGACAUCCACAGCCCUAGUGAACAACUUCACUUCAGCAUUACACAGGCUUCUAGCCUGGGCCACUUGGAAUGUUCUGGCCAGCCUGGGGAGUCUAUUGCCUCUUUCACUGAGCUUCAACUGGCUAGCAACAAAAUAUACUAUGUCCAUAUUUCAAAUGAUGAAAUAAAGAGGGAUAAGUUUGAGCUCAGAGUGUCUGGUGGUCACGGCUCUGUUUUCAGGACCCUCAGGAUCUUCAUCAUGGAUGCAGACAACAGGAAACCUAUCUUGACCCUCCAUAAACUAACACUGCAGGGAGGGGACAGCAAACUGGUCACUUCUUUUGAGUUGACAGUGGAAGACAAGUAUAUGUCUGAUGAUUUUAUUCUCUUUACAAUCAAUCAGGUCCCUGUCCAUGGUAGGAUUUUAUAUAAUGGUAGCCAUUCUGUGACUAAUUUCACCAAGCAAGAACUGAAUGAGCACCUGAUUAGCUACUGGCAUGAUGACAGUGAGACCACUGAGGACAGUUUCUCCUUGACCAUGACAGAUGGCAUGGACAAUGAUUUCUAUGUAGACACUGACCUGGAGUCACACACACCUCAAGUAAUGAGGGUCCAGAUAAGCUCUGCCGACAACAAGGUUCCCCACAUUGUCAUUAACAGGGGUGCCCCAGCCUUGCAGUGCCUUCACGAUGGACACAUGGGCUUCCUCAUCACUAUUAAGUCUCUGAAGGCAGAAGAUCAAGACAGUCCUCUCAGGCUUCUGAAGUACAAAGCGACAAGGGGACCAGAGAAUGGCUGCAUUGGCAACACUGGCCUUGAAGAGGAGAGCACGCGAGUGUUUAUACAAGCUGACAUUGAUGAAAUACAGAUCUGCUAUGUCUUGAAGCAGGGCAGCAAUGCAACAAGGGACAUCUUCUAUUUCUCUGUUGAAGACAGUGGAGGAAAUGUAUUAACAAAUCAGCCUUUCCUUCUAAACUGGACUUCAGUUUCCUUGGAGAGGGAAUACUACAUUGUGGAUGAAGAUUCCACAUUCUUAGAAGUGAUUCUCAUGUGCAGAGGACACCUUGGAAGAACAUCCUUCAUCACCAUUGGAACCAAAGAUGAAACUUCCAAAAAAGAUAAAGAUUUUAAAGUAAGAGCCUUUCAAUGGAUCAAAUUCAACCCUGGACAGACCACAGCCAUGUGGAAGGUGAGAAUUAUACCCAACAAUAAGUAUGAAGCUUCAGAAACUUUCCAGAUCAUUCUGUCAGAACCUGGCAUGGCUGCACUGGAGUUUCUGGAAAUGGCAACAGUUGAAAUUGUGGACCCUGGAGAUGAAUCAACAGUUUAUACUCCAGAGGCAGAGUACAAAAUAGAAGAGGAUGUUGGGGAGCUUUUGAUUCCUGUAAGACGGUCUGGAGACCCAAGCCAGGGACUAACGGUCAUUUGUUGAGCUCCUGUAGGUUCUGCCACAGGCACGAUUCCUUCCACAGUGGUAGCUUUCUCUGACUACAUCUCAUGACCAGCAGACCACAGCAGCAUCCUCCACUUUGAAAAGGAUGAAACUGAGAAGACCUGCUGGGCCCUCAGCUUCGAUGACUCUUUUUAUGAAGAGGAGGAAUAUUUUCACGUGUCCCUGAGCCUGCCAGUGGGAGGACAGCUGGGAGCCAAAUUCCCCACCAAGGUAAUCAUCCUGGCUGAUCAUGAAGAUGAGCCUACUCUGCACUUUGGAGAUUCGGAGUAUCACAGUGAUGAAAGUGCUGGCUACCUCGAGGUACAUGUCUGGAGAAGAAGCGCUGAUCUUUCAUCUGUCACUGUGCAUUCCAGAAAGGCAAAGCAGACCCCAGCAGAAGCUGGAAAAGAUGACACCAGCAUCAGCCAAAAUCUGGACUUUGCCCCAGGAGUGAACAUGCAGAUGUUCCAAGUAACAAUCCUUGAAGACCAGGGACAGCCCAUCCUGGAGGGUCUGGAGAAGUUUGAAUUACUUCUCCAGGUGCCUAGAGCUGCAGUGCUUGGAGAACCAAGUAAAAUGAUUAUCAAUGAGAACACCACUGACUGAAAGGAGAGUUCUUACAGUUCCUUGGAGUGA